GGCAUGAACUACAAGGACGGUCCGCAGCACCGGAACUUGUCUCGUGAGCAGCCUAGUACUACUGGUAGUGCCCACUUCCGUUCAUGGUCACAUCGUCGGUACUGAAAUGUAGCAUUCAGAUGGCAUGAACUACCUACACUGCUGCUUCCUGGGCUUCAUAUUUAUAAGAAGUAGAGUAGUCGUCUAGCAACACAAACUCAAACAAUCAACAAUGUCGUCUCUUCCAAAGCUUUCGAUGAUGGUAGUGGUGCUCCUACUGGCCAGCCUCCCGAUGGUGGUGGUGUCUAGCCCUAGCGUGCAUCCUUCUGAUCCGGCCGAUACCAGCGACGCCGCACCGGAGCCGGAGCGUAUUGGCCACCUUCACCUGGAAGGGCGCGGCUCCGACAAGAUCACCGUCGCCCUGCAUGGCGACAACCUUCACGUCCCCCGGUUCGCCACCCACGACGGAGCCUGGCACGCCUGGGCGGCCGACGAGCACCACGGCCUGACGCCGAUGAGCCCCGAAGACGACAAGGACGACGACGGCUACUACGCCAGCGUGGUCAGCGGCCAGAAGCGCCUCAAGGACCUCCGCCGCCGCGUGGGCAAGGAGUCGCUCCUGGACGACUUGUUCCAGCUCGCGCGGGACACGGCAAGGACGAUGGACGACAGAUCGAGGGUCAUCUCCCUGAUCAUGGGCGGGCGCCACGGGGAGCCCGCCGACAUCUGGAAGACCAUGUCCUGUGCGGUCCUCAUCUCGGAGCAGAACGGCGGCGCCUGGCGGAGCAAGGAGGCGAUGCAGCUGCGGUCCAUGGGCUUCUUCACCAAGGAGGACGUCCUUAAGCAGCUCGGCGUCAUCGCCUGGCCUAGCGACUGCAGCGAGCCCAUCACUCUGAAAAGGGACUCCCUCUGAUUCUUAUGCAUGUGGCCACUGAACCGAUCCCAGCUCCUCAGCAGUUCCGGUUUCGUGGAAGUAUCCUUUAGUUCAGUACUCCAGAUGGUUAGAAUAUGAGCCGAUCACUGUUCGUUAGCUUGCACUUCA